AUGGAGCACGCUGUAUUCUACCCCUAUGCUGCAUUCUGGCCUGACAUACUGAAUAGUCGUGAAGUUGAUGGGAGUUCCUCUGUGAUCAGCCUGCUUCGACCAUUCACAUUCUUUGAAAAGACAUAUCAACAGAUUUUUGUGAACAACAAUGGCGACCUCACCUUUAACUCUGCCUGGUCCAGCUUCACCCCUUACCAGUUCCCAGCAUACGGGAACAGAGAUAUCAUUGCCCCGUUCUGGACCAACAUCGACAACAGAGGCAACGGCGUCAUAUCCCACCGGCAGUACACCAGUGGCAGCGUUCUCCAGCGAGCCACUACGGACAUUAACCAGUACUUCCCUGGGUUGAGCUUCUCAGCUUCCUGGGUCUUUGUUGCAACAUGGAACAGAGUGGCAUACUUUGAGUAUUCAGGAACAGAAACAUCCUUCCAAGUGGUUCUGAUCUCUGGUGGUCAAUACACAUUUAUCCUGAUGAACUAUGGUGACAUUGCCUCAACACAGCAUAACGUGCAGGUACGAAAAACAACAUUCAUAUGCUGUUUUCAGGCUGGCUAUGACACAAUCAACUCUACACAUUGUUUUUCAAUUACUGGAUCGCUCGGGAACAACGUCAAAGAUUUACCAUCCUCAAGCAAUGUUAACAUACCGGGUCGCUGGGCCUUCAGAACAGAUCAUGGUCCCCGGGGCUGUCAAAACAAUGGCUCACCUGUGCAGGUAGGGGACUCUUUCUGGAGAGAUGGCACCUGUCAGCAGAGAUGCACCUGCGUCAGUGGAGGCCUCCUCCAGUGCCAGCAGCAGCCCUGCAGCUUCUCCCAGGUGUGUCGUCCAGCAUCCUUCCAGUACUCCUGCCAGAAUAAUAUUCAGCGCGGCACCUGCACCAUCUCUGGAGACCCCCACUACAACACCUUUGACAGGAAACUCUUUCACUUCCAGGGAACCUGCACAUACGUCCUCUCAGAGGCUUGUGGCAAUGGACUGCCGUACUACCGGAUUGAAGGGAAGAAUGAAAAUCGGGCAAGCACACGUGUGUCUUGGACUCAUCUUGUAAGAGUGUGGGUUUAUGAUGAGGAAAUUGAACUUGUCAAAGACCAUCCUUACCAAGCAAAGGUGAAUGGAAGCUUUGUGUCGACCCCUUUUACCCUCCGACAUGGGUCCAUCCGAGUCUACCAAUCAGGUUUCACUGUGGCUGUGAGUACAGACUUUGGCCUGCUGGUCACCUACGAUGCCAAUCACUAUGUCAGAAUCUCAGUACCCUAUGAGUACCAGAACGCAACCUGCGGCCUGUGUGGCAACUUCAACCACGACCCUCAAGAUGACUUCAGAACCCGCGCUGGGCAGCUUGUGAGCUCAGACGUGGAGUUUGCUAACAGCUGGAAGGCGGAAGGGGACCCUAGCUGCCAGGACGUGCAAUGUGCAGGACUUGCUUGUGCUGCCUGUACCGAUAGUCAAAGGACUCUUUAUGGAAACACGGCCCACUGUGGUAUCUUAAGCAACAGUGUCGGCCCGUUUGCCUCCUGCCACUCAAGGGUGUCUCCACUGAACUUUGUAGAAAACUGUGUGUAUGAUCUGUGUGUGGGUGAUGGCUACCAGCCCAUUCUCUGCCAAGCACUCAAUGUGUACGCUGCCCAGUGCCAACAAGAGGGCAUCCAGUUGGGCCAGUGGAGAAGCCCGGGAUUCUGUGAGAUCCCUUGUCCCACCAACAGUCACUUUGAGUCUCAAGGAACUGGGUGCCCUGCAACCUGCAGCAACCCCAACGCCACCCAAAAUUGCCCUCUGCCCAACCUGGAGAGCUGCAUCUGCAAUGCUGGCUAUGUGCUAAGCGGUGGGGAAUGUGUUCGGCAGAAUGACUGUGGCUGCACCUUCGAGGGGCGGUACUACACAGCUGGGGAGACAGUGGUGCUAGACCAGGACUGUGGGAGGCGUUGCCACUGUACUCAAAGGUCAAUGACCUGCCAGGCACACAGCUGCAAUGAGCUUGAGGUGUGUGGGGUCCAAAGUGGUGUGCUGGGCUGCAGACCUGUCAGCUACUCCACCUGCUGGGUGGAGGGCUUUGGGUCCUACCGCACUUUUGAUGGACAGUCCUUCAAAUACCCAGGUGCCUGUAGUCUGACACUGGCUAGAGUCAGGGGACAAUCACAAUUACCUCACUUUCAAGUAACUGUUGAGAAAGUUCCCUCAGGCCAAAGAGAUUUUGUCAGACAUCUACAGUUUGAAGCAGGAGGAACACAAGUCUCGGUGGAGAUGGGAGAGGGGGGCACAACUAAGGUGGAUGGGCAAACAGUGGGCCUUCCGUUCAGCGUCAGCCCCGGUCAUAUUCGCAUCUACCACAGCAGUGUAAAGGGUGUUGUCAUAGAGACCAACUUCGGAGUGUUGGUAAGAGCUGACUGGCCACACGUCAUCCGCAUCACCGCUCCAGGCAACUACAACGGCACUCUAGGAGGCCUGUGUGGGAAUCUGAAUGGAGACCCUCAUGACGACUUCUUCUCCCCUGCUGGAAUUCCCCUCAACGACUCUCAGCAGUUUGGGGACAGCUGGAGAGAUGGCUCCCUGUCAACACACUGUGUAGAACCUGAACCCGGACACUACCAGAACACCAGCCAGUUUAGGGACCUCUGCGGCAUCAUGGGAUGGGCACAUGGGCCUUUUAGCCAAUGCCAAGCAAGUCUUGACCCCUGGAGCCAAAUUGAAGACUGUGUCCAGACUCUAGUGAGGGCGAAAGGUGCUCGAGAGGGACUGUGCGAGGCACUGCGUGGAUACGCACUGCUUUGCCAACAGAGUGGUAUCACAGUUGGGGAAUGGAGGAACAUCACUAACUGUGCGGCAACCUGCCCAACUAACAGCCAUUAUGAGCUAUGUGGUACGUCCUGCCCAGCUUCCUGCCCAAGCCUGUCUUUCCCCUUCCUGUGCACCCAGCAGUGCCAGGAGGGGUGCCAGUGUAAUGACGGGUUCCUCCUGAGUGGGGAUCGCUGUGUGUCACCCACGGGUUGUGGCUGCCACCACGGCGGGCGUUACAGACAGAGUGGAGAGCGCUACUGGUACGGUGAGGAGUGCCAGUUCCUGUGCCAGUGUAAUGGCAUUACUGGGCAGUCACAUUGCACCGCCUCUUCUUGUGGUGCUCAGGAGUCUUGUCGAGUCGUGGAUGGACGGUAUGGCUGCCAUCCCAAACCUGAGGCCACCUGCUCGGCCUCUGGAGACCCACACUACACCUCCUUCGACAGACGCACCUUUGACUUCCAGGGCACUUGUCGUUACGUCCUUGCAUCAGUUUGCAAUGGAACACAAGAUCUACCUCACUUUCAGGUAGAGGCCAGGAACGAGGCAUGGAAUGGUCUGCAGGUCUCCAUCACUGUGGCUGUCUACGUCAAUGUGUCUGGACAUCUUGUGUACAUCUCAAAAUACAACCAGGGGACUGUGCAGGUGAAUGGGGAGACAAGAAACUUGCCGAUUGUUCUUGAUCAGGGAAGAGUGGCAGUGUAUGCCAAUGGGCUCCACACAUUUGUGAAAACAGACUUUGGUCUAACUGUCAGUUAUGACGGCCGGUGGGUGUUGGACAUCACAGUACCAUCCAACUACAGUGGAGCUACAUGCGGUUUGUGUGGUAACUUCAACGGUUUCCAGGGUGAUGACUUCACGGUCCAUAACGGCAGUUCAGGCUCUGUUGCCCUCCCUGUCUCUGAGUUUGGGGACUACUGGAAGGUUGAUGAUGGCAUUCCCUGUACUGGAGGAUGUGGAAACUCCUGUCCAGUGUGUCAAGAUGACUCGACAGCCCGUGCCAUGUGUGAGCUACUCAGAGCUAGCAAUGGACCACUGAGCUUCUGCCAUUCCCAUGUGGAUCCCCAGCAAUUCUUCAACGACUGUGUGUUUGACGUGUGCUUGUCUGGGGACAGAAACGAGGUCCUCUGCCGUGCAAUGGAAGCAUAUGUCAGCGCAUGCCAAGCGGAAAAUGUCAUCGUUUACCCCUGGAGACAAAACUCCACCUGCCAAAUGGAGUGUCCAGAAAACAGCCACUACGAUCUGUGUGGUACAGAGUGUGGGCACACCUGUGCCAAGAGCAUUGAUGCCAGCUGUGACAGGACGUGUGCUGAGGGCUGUUUCUGCGAUGAUGGAUUUGUGAGGAGCGGGGGGCGCUGUGUGCCUGUGGAGCAGUGUGGCUGUCUUCGUGACGGCUUCUACUAUGAUAUCGGAGAGCAGUUCUGGACACAAGGCUGCUCGCAGCGUUGUGAGUGUUUUGCCCCCAAUGACCUUCGCUGUAUCCAGUCCUCUUGCCCUCCAAGUCAGGAAUGCUCAGUCAAAGAUGGCCGCCGGGGUUGCUAUGGUCAAAUGUCAACCUGCACGGUCUGGGGAGACCCUCACUACUUCACCUUUGAUGGAGCUGUGGCUCACUUUCAGGGCACCUGCGCUUAUGAGAUUGCCCACACCUGUGGCAACAUGAGUGAUAAUGCCCUGGCCUUCCGUGUAGUAGCCGCUAACAGGCACCGUGGCAACUUAGUUGUGUCGUUUGUGUCCACUGUGGAUGUGUGGCUCUCUCAGGGAGGAGUUCAAAGCCACAUCAGCAUUGGACAGAACAGGAGAGUCAAGGUUGAUGGUCAAGAUAACAAUGCAAACAGCAUUCAGGUUGGCUCCCUGGCGCAGUUGACUCGUGAGUCAGGAUUUGUGGUUGUGAAUGCCUCAGGAGAGCUGGUGGUCCAGUUUGAUGGUCGUAGUAGACUGCUAGUCAGACUGAGUCCAGAUUAUCACCAAUCUGUAUGUGGAAUGUGUGGCAAUCACAAUGGCAACCCAGCAGAUGACAAAGUUCUGCCCAAUGGCACUUUGGCCCAGACUGACAAUGAAUUCGGUCAAAGUUGGAAAUCAGAUGCAAGCAGUCCUGGAUGUGGAGCCAGUGACCAAAUUGGAGACAACACAUGUGUAUCUGAAGCAGAAUACACAGAUCUGUGCAGCAUCAUCACCAACAGCAGUGGCCCAUUUCAGCAGUGCCACCUACAUGUUGACCCACAGGCCUACUUCACUUCCUGUGUGUACGAUCUCUGUGCCUACACACCAGCCAAUGACAUGCUGUGCUCAGCAGUGGAGGCCUAUGAGACAGCUUGCAAUGUGCUGGGGCUCCACACACCAGAAUGGCGUUCUGCACUGCAUUGUCCUGCAGUUGACCCUUGUGAAGAGCUGGACUGCACUGAGGAUGAGUGGUGUGGCCAGAAGGAUGGAGUCUAUGGCUGCAAUGAGAAUCAUGAUUCACGGGACUGUCAAUACAAUGGCUCACCUGUGCAGAUAGGGGACUCUUUCUGGAGUGAUGGCACCUGUCAGCAGAGAUGCACCUGCGUCAGUGGAGGCCUCCUCCAGUGCCAGAAGCAGCCCUGCAGCUUCUCCCAGGCGUGUCGUCCAGCAUCCUCCCAGUACUCCUGCCAGAAUAAUAUUCAGCGCGGCACCUGCACCAUCUCUGGAGACCCCCACUACAACACCUUUGACAGGAAACUCUUUCACUUCCAGGGAACCUGCACAUACGUCCUCUCAGAGGCUUGUGGCAAUGGACUGCCGUACUACCGGAUUGAAGGGAAGAAUGAAAAUCGGGCAAGCACACGUGUGUCUUGGACUCAUCUUGUAAGAGUGUGGGUUUAUGAUGAGGAAAUUGAACUUGUCAAAGACCAUCCUUACCAAGCAAAGGUGAAUGGAAGCUUUGUGUCGACCCCUUUUACCCUCCGACAUGGGUCCAUCCGAGUCUACCAAUCAGGUUUCACUGUGGCUGUGAGUACAGACUUUGGCCUGCUGGUCACCUACGAUGCCAAUCACUAUGUCAGAAUCUCAGUACCCUAUGAGUACCAGAACGCAACCUGCGGCCUGUGUGGCAACUUCAACCACCACCCUCAAGAUGACUUCAGAACCCGCGCUGGGCAGCUUGUGAGCUCAGACGUGGAGUUUGCUAACAGCUGGAAGGUGGAAGGGGACACUGACCCUAGCUGCCAGGACGUGCGAUGUGCAGGACUUGCUUGUGCUGCCUGUACCGAUAGUCAAAGGACUCUUUAUGGAAACACAGCCCACUGUGGUAUCUUAAGCAACAGUGUCGGCCCGUUUGCCUCCUGCCACUCAAGGGUGUCUCCACAGAACUUUGUAGAAAACUGUGUGUAUGAUCUGUGUGUGGGUGAUGGCUACCAGCCCAUUCUCUGCCAAGCACUCAAUGUGUACGCUGCCCAGUGCCAACAAGAGGGCAUCCAGUUGGGCCGGUGGAGAAGCCCUGGAUUCUGUGAGAUCCCUUGUCCCACCAACAGUCACUUUGAGUCUCAAGGAACUGGGUGCCCUGCAACCUGCAGCAACCCCAACGCCACCCAGAAUUGCCCUCUGCCCAACCAGGAGAGCUGCAUCUGCAAUGCUAGCUAUGUCCUAAGCGGUGGGGAAUGUGUUCGGCAGAAUGACUGUGGCUGCACCUUCGAGGGGCGUUACUACACAGCUGGGGAGACAGUGGUUCUAGACCAGGACUGUGGGAGGCGUUGCCACUGUACUCAAGGGUCAAUGACCUGCCAGGCACACAGCUGCAAUGAGCUUGAGGUGUGUGGGGUCCAUGGUGGUGUGCUGGGCUGCAGACCUGUCAGCUACUCCACCUGCUGGGUGGAGGGCUUUGGGUCCUACCGCACUUUUGAUGGACAGACCUUCAAAUACCCAGGUGCCUGUAGUCUGACACUGGCUAGAGUCAGGGGACAAUCACAAUUACCUCACUUUCAAGUAACUGUUGAGAAAGUUCCCUCAGGCCCAAGAGAUUUUGUCAGACAUCUGCAGUUUGAAGCAGGAGGAACACAAGUCUCGGUGGAGAUGGGAGAGGGGGGCACAACUAAGGUGAAUGGGCAAACAGUGGGCCUUCCGUUCAGCGUCGGCCCCGGUCAUAUUCGCAUCUACCACAGCAGUGUAAAGGGUGUUGUCAUAGAGACCAACUUCGGAGUGUUGGUAAGAGCUGACUGGCCACACGUCAUCCGCAUCACCGCUCCAGGCAACUACAACGGCACUCUAGGAGGCCUGUGUGGAAAUCUGAAUGGAGACCCUCAUGACGACUUCUUCUCCCCUGCUGGAAUUCCCCUCAACGACUCUCAGCAGUUUGGGGACAGCUGGAGAGAUGGCUCCCUGUCAGCGCACUGUGUAGAACCUCAGGUCUGGGAACCCGGACACUACCAGAACACCAGCCAGUUUAGGGACCUCUGCGGCAUCAUGGGAUGGGCACAUGGGCCUUUUAGCCAAUGCCAAGCAAGUCUUGACCCCUGGAGCCGAAUUGAAGACUGUGUCCAGACUCUAUUGAGGACGCAAGGUGCUCGAGAGGGACUGUGCGAGGCACUGCGUGGAUACGCACUGCUUUGCCAACAGAGUGGAAUCACAGUUGGGGAAUGGAGGAACAUCACUAACUGUGCGGCAACCUGCCCAACUAACAGCCAUUAUGAGCUAUGUGGUACGUCCUGCCCUGCUUCCUGCCCAAGCCUGUCUUUCCCCUUCCUGUGCACCCAGCAGUGCCAGGAGGGGUGCCAGUGUAAUGACGGGUUCCUCCUGAGUGGGGAUCGCUGUGUGCCACCCACGGGUUGUGGCUGCCACCACGGCGGGCGUUACAGACAGAGUGGAGAGCGCUACUGGUACGGGGAGGAGUGCCAGUUCCAGUGCCAAUGUAAUGGCAUUACUGGGCAGUCACAUUGCACCGCCUCUUCUUGUGGUGCUCAGGAGUCUUGUCGAGUCGUGGAUGGACGGUAUGGCUGCCAUCCCAAACCUGAGGCCACCUGCUCGGCCUCUGGAGACCCACACUACACCUCCUUCGACAGACGCACCUUUGACUUCCAGGGCACUUGUCGUUACGUCCUUGCAUCAGUUUGCAAUGGAACACAAGAUCUACCUCACUUUCAGGUAGAGGCCAGGAACGAGGCAUGGAAUGGUCUGCAGGUCUCCAUCACUGUGGCUGUCUACGUCAAUGUGUCUGGACAUCUUGUGUACAUCUCAAAAUACAACCAGGGGACUGUGCAGGUGAAUGGGGAGACAAGAAACUUGCCGAUUGUUCUUGAUCAGGGAAGAGUGUCAGUGUAUGCCAAUGGGCUCCACACAUUUGUGAAAACAGACUUUGGUCUAACUGUCAGUUAUGACGGCCGGUGGGUGUUGGACAUCACAGUACCAUCCAACUACAGUGGAGCUACAUGCGGUUUGUGUGGUAACUUCAACGGCUUCCAGGGUGAUGACUUCACGGUCCAUGACGGCAGUUCAGGCUCUGUUGCCCUCCCUGUCUCUGAGUUUGGGGACUACUGGAAGGUUGAUGACGGCAUUCCCUGUACUGGAGGAUGUGGAAACUCCUGCCCAGUGUGCCAAGAUGACUCGACAGCCCGUGCCAUGUGUGAGCUACUCAGAGCUAGCAAUGGACCACUGAGCUUCUGCCAUUCCCAUGUGGAUCCCCAGCAAUUCUUCAACGACUGUGUGUUUGACGUGUGCUUGUCUGGGGACAGAAGUGAAGUCCUCUGCCGUGCAAUGGAAGCAUAUGUCAGCGCAUGCCAAGCCGAAAAUGUCAUCGUUUACCCCUGGAGACAAAACUCCACCUGCCAAAUGGAGUGUCCAGAAAACAGCCACUACGAUCUGUGUGGUACAGAGUGUGGGCACACCUGUGCCAAGAGCAUUGAUGCCAGCUGUGACAGGACGUGUGCUGAGGGCUGUUUCUGCGAUGAUGGAUUUGUGAGGAGCGGGGGGCGCUGUGUGCCUGUGGAGCAGUGUGGCUGUCUUCGUGACGGCUUCUACUAUGAUAUCGGAGAGCAGUUCUGGACACAAGGCUGCUCGCAGCGCUGUGAGUGUUUUGCCCCCAAUGACCUUCGCUGUAUCCAGUCCUCUUGCCCUCCAAGUCAGGAAUGCUCAGUCAAAGAUGGCCACCGGGGUUGCUAUGGUCAAAUGUCAACCUGCACGGUCUGGGGAGACCCUCACUACUUCACCUUUGAUGGAGCUGUGGCUCACUUUCAGGGCACCUGCGCUUAUGAGAUUGCCCACACCUGUGGCAACAUGAGUGAUAAUGCCCUGGCCUUCCGUGUAGUAGCCGCUAACAGGCACCGUGGCAACUUAGUUGUGUCGUUUGUGUCCACUGUGGAUGUGUGGCUCUCUCAGGGAGGAGUUCAAAGCCACAUCAGCAUUGGACAGAACAGGAGAGUCAAGGUUGAUGGUCAAGAUAACAAUGCAAACAGCAUUCAGGUUGGCUCCCUGGCGCAGUUGACUCGUGAGUCAGGAUUUGUGGUUGUGAAUGCCUCAGGAGAGCUGGUGGUCCAGUUUGAUGGUCGUAGUAGACUGCUAGUCAAACUGAGUCCAGAUUAUCACCAAUCUGUGUGUGGAAUGUGUGGCAAUCACAAUGGCAACCCAGCAGAUGACAAAGUUCUGCCCAAUGGCACUCUGGCCCAGACUGACAACGAAUUCGGUCAAAGUUGGAAAUCAGAUGCAAGCAGUCCUGGAUGUGGAGCCAGUGACCAAAUUGGAGACAACACAUGUGUAUCUGAAGCAGAAUACACAGAUCUGUGCAGCAUCAUCACCAACAGCAGUGGCCCAUUUCAGCAGUGCCACCUACAUGUUGACCCACAGGCCUACUUCACUUCCUGUGUGUACGAUCUCUGUGCCUACACACCAGCCAAUAGCAUGCUGUGCUCAGCAGUGGAGGCCUAUGAGACAGCUUGCAAUGUGCUGGGGCUCCACACACCAGAAUGGCGUUCUGCACUGCAUUGCUCUGCAGUUGACCCUUGUGAAGAGCUGGACUGCACUGAGGAUGAGUGGUGUGGCCAGAAGGAUGGAGUCUACGGCUGCUUCUGCAAUGAGGAUCACCCGAGACCUCAUCCUGAGUGCUAUGACUCUGUGGAGUUCUGUUCCAACGGCACCGGCACCAUGUCUUUGUCUCGCUGCCAGCUGUUUGAGGCAGGCUUCUUGGCUGACUCUCUCCACCUCAAUGACCCCAGCUGCAACGGCACACUCCAAGAUGGCAGAGUGGAGUUCCUCUUCGACAGUGACAACCACACUUGUGGAACUUCGCUAAGGAGUAACAGCACCCAUUUAAUCUAUGAGAACUCCAUCCAUGGGGAGGCCAACUCAGCCAGCGGUCCCAUCAGCAGAGAGAGACAGAUGAACCUGCUCUUCUGCUGUGUCUACCCCCUCACGCAGACCCUCUCCAUGAAUAUAGAAAUCAACUCACUGGAGAGCCAAAUUACUAAGAAGCUACCAGUGGGGGAAGGAACCUACCGUGUCCAUCUGAUUCCCUAUGAAGAUGCAGGAUUCUCCCAUGCGUUCUCUGGGAGGGUGAGUGUGAAGUUGAAUCAGACGAUCUACGUGGCUGUACAGGUGGAAGGAUUGGACAGCCGCCAGAUCGCCACGGUGAUUGACUCCUGCUGGGCCACUCCUGUCAAUCAGCCAAACUACCCCCUCCGAUGGGACCUCAUCAGAAAUGAGUGUGCUAAUCCCGAUGACAACACAGUGGAGCUGCUGCAAAACGGAGUCAGCACAUCAGGCCGAUUCUCCUUCAGGAUGUUCACCUUCACCGGCAACUCCUCCAAGAUUUACCUGCACUGCAGCAUCCACCUGUGCUUGAUGGCAAACAACGACUGCACAGCUCACUGUGACCAAGGUUACCAUCAGAGGCAUCACCGUUCUGUUGAUUUCCAUGACAGCACCUCCAUCUCACUGGGGCCCCUGGUUUUGGCCAAUGAGAAUGAAGAGAGUAUUGACAUGUAUGCUCGGCAGCCUGUGAGGGUGUCUAAGGCCUCGGGUCUGACGGCAUCUCUGAUGGUCCUGCUCCUGUCUGUUCUCCCUUUCAGCGCUCUGCUCUAA